AUGGAGGACGAUGAAGGUGAUUCACUAAUGAAAGAGCCCGAAAUCAAGCAAAACCAACCGGAAGCUCCACCGGAGGCUCCACCGGAAGCUCCAUCGGAAGCUCCACCGGAGGCUCCACCGGAGGCUCCACCGGAAGCUCCACCGGAAGCUCAGCCGGAAACUCCGCCGGAAACUCCGCCGGAAACUCCGCCGGAAACUCCGCCGGAAACUCCGCCGGAAACUCCGCCGGAAGUUCCGCCGGAAACUACGCCGGAAGUUCCGCCGGAAACUACGCCGGAAGCUUCGCUGGAAACUCCAGCUGCAGUGUUAGACGCUUGUCUGCGGCAGUUUUCAACAACGGACUAUAUUAUGGAACCUGGCAUCUUUGGUCUUUUAAAGCGCUACUUCAAAGUGGGUGGAUCAGCCGAACGAGUCAUCCAUCUACUGUUCUCGAACUAUACGGCCACAGCCCAAGCAGUAAACAUGCUCGCCGAAUGGCUCAUCUUGGCAGGUGUGCACGUAACCGAUGUGCAGGCGAUGGUCGAGAACCAUCUGAAGGAUAUGAUACUGAAAACGUUCGAUCCGAGGCAGGCGGAUAAAAUUUUCACCGAGGAAGGCGAAACGCCCGGCUGGUUGACGGAGUUGAUCGAGUAUCCAACGUGGCGCUCGUUGAUUUACCGCCUGUCGGAGGAGUAUCCGGAUUGUUUGAUGCUGAACUUUACCGUCAAGCUUAUAUCGGAUGCUGGAUACCACAGCGAGAUUACCUCCACCACGACGGCAGCCCAACAGCUAGAGGUGUUUUCGCGCGUCCUCAAGACGGCCAUUGCCAAGUUGUUGAGCCACCCGGAGGAUUGGCAGGAUGCGAUCGAAGAGGUGGCAAAGUUGGCGUGCCACGGGCAGCACACGUAUGUGUACAGUCAGGUGGUGCUUCAUGUACUGUCACAGGAGCCGAAGGGUGGAUUGAUAAUGAAACGGGUCUCGCAGGAAAUUGCUAAAUAUGCGCUGAAACACAAUCACGACGUAACGCACAUCACGAUGGCUCUGGAUGGUUGGUCGAGUCAUCCGCGGGCAUGCGAGGCACUUACAUCGAUGCUGUCCCGCAACAAACUCAACCCGGCCGAUAUAACAGUCCUGUACCGCAACUAUACCUCACCCGAGCCACCACCGAUCGAUUUGAUCCGGAAUCCUCAAUUUUUGGAUCUGCUCGUCGAUGCACUGUUCAAGGUGGGUGCGAAGAUCAACCAAGAGCACAAAUCGAAGUACAUCUAUCUGCUCGGUUAUGCAGCGAGCGUGUAUGAGACACCGACUGAAAGUAGCCGAUUGCACGGCUACCGGGUACUGAAUAAGGACGAGCAAAAGGCAACGACCAUUGCCAUUGAGAAGGUACAUACGAUUUGCAACAUGAGCCGAACUUCGAGCGAGCUGCUCGAAGAAUUGCGCACCCUACACAGCUGCAUCAAGGUUCCGGUAGUUGGGGUUGGUAUACUCCGCUGGGUCGAAAGCACCGUCACCGAGCCGUCCUACUUCCAGCUGUGUACGGAAAGCUGUCCGCUGCAUCUCGCGCUCCUGGACGAGGUGGCCAACGUUCAUACUUUGCUGCACGAUCAAAUUCUCCGGCUGCUGGUGCGGCUGUUCGAAUCAAAGCAGGACGAGCUGGAAAUUUUGGUACAGCUCGAGCUGAAGAAGAUGCUACUCGAUCGGAUGGUGAAUCUGUUGGCACAGGGUUGUGUCGUGCCGGUGCUGAAAUACAUCAACCAGUGCUGUACCAAGGGCGAUACGGAUAUUUCGCUGAUUCGGUACUUUGUAACGGAGGUGCUCGAAAUGGUCACGCAUCCAUACUCGAGCGAGUUCGUGCAGCUAUUGCUACCGUUGGUAGAAAACGAAGAAAUUACCGACUCGAUACGGGGCGAAGGUGAUAGCGAUCCGGUGUCGGAGUUUAUCGUGCACUGCAAGGCACGUUAAACGACCCUCUAG